AUGCAAGAAGUGCAAUCUAUUAUCCCAGGUGUCAGGUGUUCCUUUUUGAAAAGAUGGAUGAGUGCGUUGGUCUCUUUAUUGUGCCACCUAUUUAAGCACAAAUCUUCAUGCUACCUCUCUCAUCUGCUUCUAGUGCUCUUCCUUGUCAUCCAACAACUUUGUGUGGUGUAUGCUAUUGCCAUUGCUAUUCAUUCAUCUUCCAAGAUGCAGAGAAACCUCAUGAACUUGCCGGUGCUGCUGAUCAUCUUUUUGUCCUUCUCAUAUCUUCUUUCUGCCUCUGCUGUAACAAGAACCCAAAAUUUCCAAGGUAAAGAAGAUGAAUUUUCAGCCAUAACUUCUUUAACUGGGGUUAGUGUUCCUUACCUUUCCAAGAUGAACCGUGCCCUUGGAAAUGGUGAGGAGGUGGUAGUUGACACGAAGGAAGGAGAAUUGAUAGAGAGAAGGGUGUAUUUGGAAACCCAAGACUAUGAAGGGACUGGAGCAAAUAAAGAUCAUGACCCAAAAUCCCCAGGAGGGAGGGACACAGAAAGACAAGAUUUAUCAACUUUAUUGGGAAUGUGUGUUACACACAGAGGUCACCUUGAAUGA